AUGGUACAUCUCCAAGCUCUCGAAGACCAAAUGGCCAGUACAUCAUUAGAAGACAAUCAGACUACUGACGUUGAAGAUAGAAAGAAAGCCAGAGAAGCAGCAAAGAUAGAACGCGAACUAGAGAAGAAAAGGGCUUCGAAAGUGGUUAUUACCCGUAUCGCACGAAAUAAACGGAAAUGUGUUACGAGUGUUUAUGGACUUGAGAAUUUUGACAUUGAUCUAAAGAAGGCAGCAAAGACGUUUGCCAAUAAGUUUGCAUGUGGCUCGUCAGUAGUAAAAAACAAUCAAGGAAACGAUGAGAUAGUUGUCCAGGGAGAUGUUAGUGACGAUUUAGAAGAAUUCAUCCCGGCGACGUGGAAGAAUGUUCCAGAAGAUAACAUUGAAUUCGUUGAGGAUAAAAAAUCAAGGAAGUGA